AUGGCGCAAACACGCCUCCCACAACAGCAGGGGCAGCAACAGCAACAACCUCCGCCUCAGUUCGCUACCCAUCCCUUCUCUCCUCCAGUCUCCUCGCCCUCACCUCACUCUGCAACCUCCCCCGUCAACGGAGCCAUCGCGCCUCCCCCUCAAAAGAAGCCACGGUUAUCGCCACUUCCUCCUUCACAAACACAGUCGCCAUACGCGUCUCCCAGCUUCGGCGCGAUGCAGCUUCCUCCAUCACAGCCACCGAUGAACGGUGUGAGCGCGAACUUUACACCAUCUACACCUACUAGUGCAGCGCCCGCCCCCGGAACGAUGGGUCCUCCAUCUCGCCCUGUCGACAAAACAACCGAUGCAGCUGAGUUGACUGAUGUGUUGGCAUCAUCGGGUAUUGAUGUUCGGGAGGAAGAGGCCUUCCUUACGCGCAGCUUCUCUGGGCCCAAUGCGCAGGCGCAGCAGCCCAAUAGAGCUCAGCUGCCACAACAGCAAGCCCCAAUCAACACCUCGUUUGUCUCGCAGGCGUCUACGCAAGGAACGCUAUCUGCCUCGAGCAGUUUCGGUGACCUGCCCCACACCAAGCCGACAAUUCCGCAAACUUCAUUUUCCACCGAUCCAACCUCACAAGCCACCUCCAUCAGCAAUCCACCGAGCCGCGCCGACACAGAGGCAGCACGAAGGGCACAAUACCACCUUCAGGAGCCGUUCCUCUUCGCUAAGCUUGUAGAGCAGAAGAUCCAGAAGCGUGGUUUCGAGCUUGGAGUCCGCAUUCCCUCGGAAGGUCUAUUCCAUCCCGUACCCGGUCGACAGGCACCAAUCGAAGUCACCGGUCCCGAUGGAUCAUCGAUUGUGCGAACGGGUCAGACCAUUCUCAACCAGGAGGGUGCCCCCCUGGUGGAUAUUUUGAAUCUCGUCUCUCUCUCGUGUGAAGAACGUCUAAGAGGAGUGGUUGACUAUUCCUCUACACUGGCCCGUAGCCGGAGAGCCCACUCCCAUGGUGUGGUCCCUGAUGCAUGGGUCGACAUGGCGCAGCCUUUGGGUCCGAUUGCCGGGAACACGGUGACUCCGUCAAAACGGCCCAAUCCGGAUGCCGAAGAGGCUGCCAAGAAACCCGCAGCAGAGAGAUACAGAGGUAUUAUUACAAGAGAGAACAAUCUGGAAAACAAACGUGCAGCGAAACGUACCAAGAGAAGUGCUAGUGCCAUUGUAGGUGAAACCACGGGCACUCGGGCAGAUUCUGCAGAUUUCAUGGGUUCGGCCCCGUCUACCCCAUUGGGAGAAAGGGCACCCAGUUUCGACAUCAAAAAGUCAAUGACAAAGAAGGAGCAGAAGAAGUUGAUGGAUAGCAAGGCCAAUGAGGCGCAGCAACAUCAGCAGUCCGUAGAGACUGCACGUCUUGCCACGAAUUCGAUGCUAUCUGGUCGGAUGUUCGGAGCUAAGAAGUCAUACUCAUGGCUAAAGCCUGGAGGCUCCUCCAGUGGAUUUUCCACGCCAACCCGUGCUGCUCCUUCGACUCCGACUACCGGGCCGGAGAAGCCCAGUCGGGCGGGCGAGACACCAGCCGGUCCACCAAAGCGACGACUUGGAACGUGGCGAGAGGAUCAGGAGAAGGGGCGAAACAUUCAGGUUCGGGAUAUCUUGUUUGCUGUCGAAGCCGACGGUCGAGCUAGCAAACACGUUCAAAAGGGCUACUCGAGAGACCCAAAGGAAGAUCGUGGGGUUUGA